AUGGCCUCCCCCACUUUCAUAUACGGUCUUGUAGGUGCCGUGGUCGCUCUAACGGUGUAUUGGCUGCUCCGGAUUGGCAGACGGGAUCCUCGAAUGCCUCCGGGGCCUCCUACGGUCCCGAUUCUCGGCAACAUGCACAUGAUUCCAACCACCGGCCUCGGAAAGAAGUUCAUGGAAUGGUCUCUGCAGUACGGCAAAAUCUUCUCUCUCAAGAUUGGUUCUGGCAAUAUCAUUGUGAUCUGUGACCGCAAAGCCGUCCAUGAGCUUCUCGAUAAGAAGGGAAGCAUCUACUCAGACCGGCCUCCAAACAUCGUCCCGCUCUUCAUUACGAGAGGUGAUCAUAUGACCAUGGAGUGUCAGAGUCCAUCUUGGCGAGAAAAGAGAACUGUUGUGACGCGCAAUUUGAACCCUAAGUCUUUGGAUGAGAAGCAUUUCAGGGUUCAAGAGACUGAGGCUGUUAUCUUGAUGAACCGUCUCUUGGAUGAUCCUAGCAACUUCUACUCAUAUUCACGCCUCUACGCCUCUUCUGUGGCUGCUAUUCUGGCCUGGGGCUUCCGAGCGACCACUCUGGACUCAUUCUGGUACAAAGAUGUCUCCGCCAUGAUUGAAAAGUGGCUCGGGGCGAUCGAACCCGGUGCGACACCUCCCGUCGACCUAAUCCCAUGGCUCUGGUACAUCCCCGGAAAAUGGAAGUCCCGCGUCUACAAGAUGCGAGAUCACAUGGAUAAAGUCUGGAGCCAAGCACGAGCAAUGGUCGAUGAUCGACGAGCAAGAGGUGAUCGUCGAGAGUGUAUGAUCGAUAUGAAGUUGGAUGAGUAUGAAAAGAACGGUUGGCCCAUGUCGCAGCACGCCUUCAACAACCUUUUUGGCGAGUUGAUGGAAGCAGGUGCUGAUACCACGGCGAACCAAAUUCUCACUUUGAUCUUGGCUUUGGCGAAAUAUCCCAAGUUUCAGGAGAAAGCGAGAGUGGAGAUUGAUGCUGUUUGCGGUACGGAACGAGCGCCUGUUUUUUCGGAUUUUGCGAAGAUGCCUUAUGUCAAUGCUAUCGUCAAGGAGGGUUUGCGGUGGAGGCCAACUUCCGAUCUAGGAUUGCCUCAUACCGUUACCAAGGAUGACUACUACGAUGGAAUGUUGAUCCCUAAGGGAAGUACUAUCUUCGUCGGAGUAUGGGCUAUGCAUCACGACAAGGAUUACUAUGGCAGUCAUGACACCUUCGACCCUGACCGCUAUCUGUCUCAUACAAAGCUAGCAAACGAAUACGCAGUAGGUCCAGAUUAUGAGAAACGAGAUAAGUCCACCCCUCAAUAA